AUUGGUUCAUGGGAGUAGAAAAAAUAAUGUCUGAAUCCCAGACCUCUGUAGAGCUUCCUGUAAUUGACAUCUCCCAGCCCUUGAGCCCAUCCUCUCUCUCCUCCCUCUCUCUAGCUUGUAAGGAAUGGGGGUUCUUUCACAUAACCAAUCAUGGGGUCUCCAAAGAGCUCUACAUGAAACUCUACACUCUCUCAAAUCAUCUCUUUAGCAUCCCUUUGGAGUCAAAAAUGAGGCUGGGCCCAUUUUCUUCAAUAAGAACUUACACUCCACAUUUCAUCGCAUCUCCUUUCUUUGAGAGCCUCAGAGUGUCUGGACCAGACUUCUUUGCUUCUGCACAAAGUUCAGCUGAAGUUCUUUUUGACCCACCAAGUUCAGAAUUCAGUGAGAUAUUAAAAGAAUAUGGAAACAAAAUGACUGAGCUAUCAAAAAAGAUCAUACAAGCUGUACUAAUGAGCAUGGGAGAUGAUUUUGAAAAGAAGUUUAAUGAAUCCCAAUUCAGUAAUUGCCAUGGUUAUAUGAGAAUCAACAACUAUUCACCCCCUGAGAGGCAGAGCCUAGCAGAAGAAGUUGAAGGGCUAGGCAAGCACACAGAUAUGAGCUGUUUAACAAUUGUUUAUCAAGAUCAGAUUGGUGGACUUCAGGUGAGAUCUAAGGAAGGGAAAUGGAUGGACAUAAACCCAUGUGAAGACUCUCUUGUCAUCAACAUUGGAGAUCUACUGCACGCAUGGAGCAAUGGGAGGCUAAGGUCAUCUGAACACAGGGUUGUUCUAAGGCAAUUUGUAAAUCGCUUUUCCAUAGCUUUCUUCUGGUGCUUUGAGGAUAAAAAAUUGAUAUCAGCCCCAGAUGAAGUAGUGGGAGAAGGUAACCUCAGGGUCUAUAAGCCAUUUGUUUGCACAGAUUAUUUGAAAUUUAGAGAGAGCAGCGAAAAGGGAAAGUUUGAGAAGGUUGGCUUUACUGUGAAAGACUUUGCAGGCAUUGCUAAGAGCUGAUUAAAAAUAUUACACGAAUCAUUUGGUUCCUUUUUCUUUUCGUUUUUUUCUUGUCUCGAAGUCUUUUGUGGAAGAGAGUGCCUUGAUGGGAACCAAUGAAAGAUCAAGAAUAAAGAAUUGUCAUUUGGGUUUUGGUUAAGAUCAAAAAGUUCUCGUUCUAAAUGUUUAUGUUGUGCACUUAAAGGUAUUAUCAAUAUGUAUGCCUUGAAUAAUUUUUGUGCACAUCAAUAAAUGACUAAAUUUGAA